AUGUCCCUCCAAGCUUCAUCACGAGCAUACAUCUCAACAAUAACGAGACUCUCCCACACAUCAGAACGUCUAUACCACCAAAUUCCGCAGAUCAGCAGACUGCAAGCCAGAGGAAACAUCAUUUACCAUGCUGCGUCACGGAUCCCAUGCCAUACGACCACAGCGCAGAUAAAAUUACAGACACAACAGCGACAAACCUUCUCAAGCUCAGCAUCUCUAUUCCGGAAAAGAAGCAAAAGAAACGACGUCGUCGAAGCUUCCUCUUCCUCAUCUUCUCAAGAGGACGACGCUACCACCACCGCCCCAGACCCAUUCGACUUCUCGCAAUUACACAAUGGAGUCUCCGACGCAAUUGCGCGCCUCAAAGAAGACCUACAAAAACUUCGAUCCGGCGGCAGAUUCAACCCGGAAGCCAUUGAGCAAUUGCGCGUGAACCUGGUGAAGGGGAGCAAUGCAACAGUCAGAUUGGGCGAGGUAGCUCAAGUAGUGCCCAAGGGAGGACGUUCUGUCGUUAUUAUUGUUGGUGAGGAGGAUCUCCUCAAACCAGUAAACUCGGCCAUCGUCUCGUCUAACCUCUCUCUCACACCGCAGCCAGACCAACACAACCCCCUCCAACUCAACGUGCCCAUCCCACCGCCGACUAAAGAAUCGCGCGACCAGGCCGUGAAGGCCGCCAAGGCCGCUAUGGACAAGGCGUCUAAUGCCAUUCGGAGUUCGCGCGCGACGAUACACAAGAGAUUGCAGGACAUGCAGAAGAAGAAGGAAGCGCGACCAGACGAUAUUCGCAAAGCGCAUGAUCAGAUGGAAAAGGUGGUUGAGAAGGCGCAGAAGGAUAUUAAGGAUACAUUCGAAACUGCGAGAAAAACAAUGGAGCAAGUCUAA